AUGAGGAUUGGCGAACAACAGAUCGAGAGAGUAACGUCACAUAAACUAUUAGGAGUUUUCCUUAGUUGCGAUCUGUCAUGGAACACUCAUAUUGACUACAUCGUCAAUAAAGCGAAUAAAAGACUCUACAUCUUGCGUAUGUUACGAAAGACAAAAGUUGGCCAUUCAGAACUUGUAGCAGUAUACCGUAGUGUAAUCAGAGCGAUCCUUGAAUACGCUGUCCCCGUGUGGGCGGCUAUCCCGGAGUAUUUAAGUAAUAAAGUCGAAACGCUGCAAAAGAGAGCAAUGAGAAUAAUAAACCCUGGAAUCUCAUAUGAGGAUUCGCUUAAAAGAUUUGGCCUUGAAGAGCUUUUUAAGAGAAGAGUCGAAAUCUGCAAUAAAUUUGCUAAGGAUAACAAAUCAUCGGGACCACUAAGCAUACACUAA